GGGCUGAGUGCCACUGGGGGAGGAUCUCUGGUUGGAGAUCCUUCCUAGGCAAAGCUUUCCCCUGCAAACAUAGAAUCUUCUGGUACGGAUUCUUUUUGCUUUUCAUUGUCAAGUGGAUUAAGAAGUUUCUCACCCGGUGAGCUGUAGACAUCACCCAGUACGAUUGCAAAACAGCAGAACAGAGAGCACUGCUGAUCUCCCCUUUCAGUGAUAGUGUCUGAUCCCUACCAGAAGAGUGGCUUUGCUGAAAACGUUCGACGUGACGCAGAAUAAUGGAUAUAAAAGAUCGAAGACACCGCUCUUUGACAAGGGGACGCUGUGGGAAGGAAUGUCGCUACACUAGUUCUUCACUGGACAGUGAAGACUGCAGAGUACCAACUCAGAAGUCCUACAGCUCAAGUGAGACUCUGAAAGCAUAUGAUCAUGACACAAGGAUGCACUAUGGAAAUCGAGUGUCGGACCUGGUUCACAGAGAGUCGGAUGAGUUUCCAAGGCAAGGAACAAACUUCACCCUCGCAGAACUGGGAAUCUGUGAGCCCUCUCCCCAUCGAAGCGGCUACUGCUCGGACAUAGGAAUACUCCAUCAAGGCUAUUCCUUGAGCACUGGCUCUGAUGCUGACUCAGACACAGAGGGAGGGAUGUCUCCAGAGCAUGCAAUCAGGCUGUGGGGAAGAGGGAUCAAAUCCAGGCGAAGUUCUGGCCUGUCAAGUCGUGAAAACUCGGCUCUCACGCUCACCGACUCCGACAAUGAGAACAAGUCAGAUGAGGAAAAUGGUCGUCCCAUUCCACCUACAUCCUCGUCUAGCCUUCUCCCAUCUGCUCAGCUGCCCAGUUCUCAUAAUCCUCCACCAGUUAGCUGCCAGAUGCCAUUGCUAGACAGCAAUACGUCCCAUCAAAUCAUGGACACCAAUCCUGAUGAGGAGUUCUCUCCUAAUUCAUACCUACUAAGAGCUUGUUCAGGGCCACAGCAGGCAUCCAGCAGUGGCCCUUCAAACCAUCACAGCCAGUCAACGCUGAGGCCGCCUCUCCCUCCUCCUCACAACCACUCGCUGUCCCACCAUCACUCGUCUGCCAACUCCCUCAACAGGAACUCACUCACCAACCGCCGCAACCAGAUCCACGCACCUGCUCCCGCUCCCAACGACCUUGCAACCACGCCUGAGUCCGUGCAGCUGCAGGACAGCUGGGUGCUCAACAGCAACGUCCCGCUGGAGACCAGGCAUUUCUUGUUUAAGACAUCUUCUGGAACGACUCCGCUGUUCAGUAGCUCUUCCCCUGGCUACCCACUGACCUCAGGAACAGUUUACACUCCACCUCCCAGGCUGUUACCUAGAAAUACAUUUUCCAGGAAUGCAUUCAAGCUGAAAAAGCCCUCCAAGUAUUGUAGCUGGAAAUGUGCUGCUUUAUCUGCAAUUGCUGCUGCAGUCCUGCUUGCCAUCCUGCUAGCAUAUUUCAUAGCGAUGCACCUCCUGGGGCUGAACUGGCAGCUGCAGCCCGCGGACGGACACACCUUCAGCAACGGGCUGCGGCCGGGCGCGGCGGGCGCGGAGGACGGAGCGGCGGCGCCACCUGCAGGCAGAGGACCGUGGGUCACGAGGAAUAGCAGCAUAGAUAGUGGAGAAACAGAAGUUGGCCGCAAGGUCACCCAAGAAGUGCCCCCUGGAGUAUUUUGGAGGUCUCAGAUCCAUAUCAACCAGCCACAGUUCCUGAAGUUCAACAUAUCCUUAGGGAAGGAUGCUCUUUUUGGUGUUUAUAUAAGAAGAGGACUCCCACCAUCACAUGCGCAGUAUGAUUUCAUGGAGCGCUUGGAUGGGAAAGAGAAAUGGAGUGUGGUGGAAUCCCCGCGGGAACGGCGGAGUAUUCAGACUCUUGUUCAGAAUGAGGCUGUGUUUGUUCAGUACUUGGAUGUGGGUUUGUGGCACCUGGCGUUUUACAAUGAUGGCAAGGACAAAGAAGUGGUCUCCUUCAGUACGGUUAUUUUGGAUUCAGUGCAAGACUGUCCACGUAAUUGUCAUGGCAAUGGCGAGUGUGUUUCUGGUGCCUGCCACUGUUUUCCCGGAUUUCAUGGAGCAGAUUGUGCUAAAGCUGCCUGCCCAGUGCUGUGCAGUGGCAAUGGUCAAUACUCUAAAGGAACCUGCUUAUGCUACAGUGGCUGGAAAGGUCCGGAAUGUGAUGUACCCAUCAGCCAGUGUAUUGAUCCCUCGUGUGGAGGUCAUGGUUCCUGCAUCGAAGGGAACUGUGUCUGUUCCGUUGGCUAUAAAGGAGAAAACUGUGAAGAAGUUGAUUGCUUAGAUCCAACAUGCUCCAAUCACGGAGUCUGUGUGAACGGAGAAUGUCUCUGCAGCCCAGGCUGGGGUGGAAUAAACUGUGAGCUUCCCAGAGCCCAGUGUCCAGACCAGUGCAGUGGGCAUGGCACAUACCUGUCUGACACCGGUCUGUGUAGCUGUGAUCCCAACUGGAUGGGACCUGACUGCUCCGUUGAAGUGUGCUCUGUAGACUGUGGCACCCACGGGGUGUGCAUUGGUGGAGCAUGUCGCUGUGAAGAAGGGUGGACAGGAGUGGCGUGUGACCAGCGUGUGUGUCAUCCCCGUUGUACAGAGCACGGAACUUGUAAAGAUGGGAAAUGUGAAUGCAGAGAGGGCUGGAAUGGGGAGCACUGCACCAUUGAUGGCUGCCCUGACUUGUGCAACGGCAAUGGGAGGUGCACACUGGGCCAGAACAGCUGGCAGUGUGUUUGCCAGACCGGCUGGAGAGGGCCUGGAUGCAACGUUGCCAUGGAAACCUCCUGUGCCGAUAACAAGGAUAACGAGGGAGAUGGCUUGGUUGACUGCCUAGACCCAGAUUGCUGCCUCCAGUCUACUUGUCAAAACAGCCUGCUGUGCAGGGGUUCCCGUGAUCCUCUUGACAUCAUACAACAGAGCCAUUCUGGUUCACCAGCUGUGAAGUCAUUCUAUGAUCGAAUCAAGCUCUUAGUGGGGAAGGACAGCACUCAUAUCAUUCCAGGAGAAAAUCCCUUCAACAGCAGUCUUGUGUCUCUUGUAAGAGGCCAAGUGGUGACUACAGAUGGAACGCCUCUAGUUGGGGUCAAUGUGUCAUUUGUCAAGUAUCCAAAGUAUGGCUAUACCAUCACUCGUCAGGACGGCAUGUUUGACUUGGUUGCAAAUGGUGGAUCAUCCCUAACUUUGCACUUUGAACGGGCCCCAUUUAUGACUCAAGAAAGAACUGUAUGGCUGCCAUGGAACAGCUUCUAUGCCAUGGACACGCUUGUAAUGAAGACAGAAGAGAACUCCAUUCCCAGCUGUGAUCUCAGUGGCUUUGUCAGACCUGACCCAGUCAUCAUUUCAUCACCACUGUCAACUUUCUUCAGUGAUGCUCCUGGCCGAAAUCCCAUUGUACCAGAAACCCAGGUUCUUCAUGAAGAAAUGGAGAUCCCUGGCACAAGUAUAAAGCUGAUCUACCUGAGUUCCCGUACUGCUGGAUAUAAAUCCUUACUUAAGAUCAUCAUGACUCAGUCACUUGUGCCACUGAAUCUAAUCAAAGUUCAUUUGAUGGUAGCAGUAGAAGGGCAUCUAUUUCAAAAAUCAUUUCAGGCAUCUCCCAACUUGGCUUAUACAUUUAUCUGGGACAAAACAGAUGCAUAUGGUCAGAAGGUUUAUGGGUUGUCAGAUGCUGUAGUUUCUGUGGGUUUUGAAUAUGAGACUUGUCCCAGUUUGAUUCUGUGGGAGAAAAGGACCGCGCUGCUGCAAGGAUUUGAACUAGAUCCUUCAAAUCUAGGAGGAUGGUCCUUGGAUAAACACCAUGUACUUAAUGUCAAGAGUGGUAUAUUGCACAAAGGCAAUGGAGAAAAUCAGUUUCUAACUCAGCAGCCAGCUGUGAUAACCAGCAUUAUGGGGAAUGGGCGCCGAAGAAGCAUAUCCUGUCCUAGCUGCAAUGGUCUUGCAGAAGGAAAUAAGCUUUUGGCCCCUGUAGCACUGGCAGUGGGAAUUGAUGGAAGUCUCUUUGUUGGAGAUUUUAAUUACGUUCGGCGUAUCUUCCCAUCCAGGAACGUUACUAGCAUAUUGGAGCUGAGCAACAAUCCUGCUCACAAAUACUAUCUGGCCGUGGACCCUGUUUCGGGCUCCCUGUACGUAUCAGACACCAACAGCCGACGGAUAUACAAAGUCAGAUCUCUCACUGGCACGAAAGACCUCGCUGGUAAUUCUGAAGUGGUGGCGGGGACUGGAGAGCAAUGCCUGCCCUUUGACGAAGCCAGAUGUGGAGAUGGAGGGAAAGCAGUGGACGCAACCCUAAUGAGUCCUCGAGGAAUUGCAGUGGAUAAGUAUGGACUCAUGUAUUUUGUUGAUGCCACUAUGAUUCGAAAAGUGGAUCAGAAUGGAAUUAUAUCAACUCUGCUGGGCUCCAAUGACCUAACUGCUGUACGACCUCUGAGCUGUGAUUCCAGCAUGGAUGUCAGCCAGGUACGGCUGGAGUGGCCUACUGAUCUCGCUGUCAAUCCCAUGGACAACUCACUUUAUGUCCUAGAGAACAAUGUUAUUUUACGGAUCACAGAAAACCAUCAAGUUAGCAUUAUUGCUGGACGCCCCAUGCACUGCCAGGUUCCUGGUAUAGACUACUCUCUUAGCAAACUGGCUAUUCAUUCCGCACUUGAAUCAGCCAGUGCCAUUGCCAUCUCACACACAGGAGUUCUUUACAUCAGUGAGACAGAUGAAAAAAAAAUUAAUCGGCUACGCCAGGUAACUACCAAUGGAGAAAUAUGCCUUCUUGCAGGGGCAGCUUCAGACUGUGAUUGCAAAAAUGAUGUCAACUGUAAUUGCUAUUCUGGGGAUGAUGGGUAUGCCACUGAUGCCAUCUUAAAUUCACCAUCUUCCUUAGCUGUGGCCCCAGAUGGUACCAUCUACAUAGCUGAUCUCGGAAAUAUCCGCAUUAGGGCUGUCAGUAAAAACAGGCCCAUUCUUAAUUCUUUUAACCAAUAUGAAGCUGCAUCUCCAGGAGAACAGGAGCUGUAUGUCUUCAAUGCUGAUGGGAUUCACCAGUACACUCUCAGCCUUGUUACCGGGGAGUACUUGUACAAUUUCACCUAUAGCAGCGAUAACGAUGUCACGGAGGUGAUGGACAGCAAUGGCAACUCCUUGAAGGUCCGUCGGGAUGCCAGCGGAAUGCCCCGCCAUUUACUGAUGCCUGAUAAUCAGAUUGUCACGCUGGCUGUUGGCACUAAUGGUGGACUCAAACUAGUCUCAACGCAGACCCUGGAACUUGGAUUAAUGACUUAUAAUGGAAACAGUGGUCUCUUAGCAACGAAGAGUGAUGAAACAGGAUGGACAACAUUUUAUGACUAUGAUCAUGAAGGGCGCCUGACCAAUGUAACACGUCCCACUGGAGUGGUAACUAGCCUUCAUCGAGAAAUGGAAAAGUCUAUUACCAUCGACAUUGAGAAUUCUAAUCGGGAUGAUGAUGUCACGGUCAUCACAAAUCUCUCCUCUGUGGAGGCUUCCUAUACAGUUGUUCAAGAUCAAGUGAGGAACAGCUACCAGCUCUGUAAUAAUGGUACUUUGAGAGUGAUGUAUGCCAAUGGCAUGAGUAUUAGCUUUCACAGCGAACCUCAUGUCCUGGCUGGGACAGUAACUCCCACCAUAGGACGAUGUAAUAUUUCUCUACCAAUGGAGAAUGGUUUGAACUCAAUUGAAUGGCGUCUGAGGAAAGAACAGAUUAAAGGCAAAGUGACUGUGUUUGGAAGAAAGCUCAGGGUCCAUGGAAGGAAUUUACUGUCCAUUGAUUACGACCGAAAUAUACGCACUGAAAAAAUCUACGAUGAUCACCGCAAGUUUACCCUGAGGAUAAUUUAUGAUCAGCUGGGUCGGCCCUUCCUCUGGCUGCCCAGCAGCGGCCUGGCUGCUGUCAACGUGUCCUAUUUCUUCAACGGGCGCCUGGCGGGGCUUCAGCGCGGAGCCAUGAGUGAAAGGACAGACAUCGACAAGCAAGGCAGGAUCAUAUCGCGCAUGUUUGCAGACGGGAAGGUUUGGAGUUACACCUACCUAGAAAAAUCAAUGGUACUACUACUUCAGAGCCAGCGGCAGUACAUCUUUGAGUAUGAUUCUUCAGACCGGCUCCAUGCUGUUACUAUGCCUAGCGUUGCUCGGCAUAGCAUGUCAACUCACACGUCUGUUGGCUACAUUAGGAAUAUUUAUAAUCCUCCUGAAAGCAACGCAUCAGUGAUUUUUGAUUACAGUGAUGAUGGGAGGAUUUUGAAAACAUCAUUUUUAGGUACUGGUCGACAAGUCUUUUACAAGUAUGGAAAGCUAUCCAAAUUAUCAGAAAUUGUUUAUGACAGUACUGCAGUUACUUUUGGAUACGAUGAAACUACAGGCGUCCUAAAAAUGGUGAAUUUGCAAAGUGGAGGAUUUUCUUGCACAAUCCGCUAUCGUAAAAUUGGUCCUCUCGUUGACAAACAAAUCUACAGAUUCUCUGAAGAAGGUAUGGUCAAUGCAAGGUUUGAUUAUACAUAUCAUGACAAUAGUUUUCGAAUCGCAAGCAUCAAACCCAUCAUAAGUGAGACGCCUCUUCCGGUUGAUCUUUACCGUUAUGAUGAGAUUUCUGGCAAAGUUGAGCAUUUUGGCAAAUUUGGAGUUAUUUAUUAUGAUAUAAAUCAAAUUAUUACUACAGCAGUUAUGACACUGAGUAAGCACUUUGAUACCCAUGGACGCAUUAAAGAAGUUCAGUAUGAAAUGUUCCGAUCCCUGAUGUACUGGAUGACUGUGCAAUAUGACAGCAUGGGAAGAGUAACUAAAAGAGAACUGAAACUUGGGCCGUAUGCCAACACAACCAAGUAUACCUAUGAUUAUGAUGGAGAUGGGCAAUUGCAAAGCGUAGCAGUAAAUGAUAGGCCUACCUGGCGUUAUAGUUAUGACCUGAAUGGAAAUCUUCACCUCCUGAAUCCUGGAAACAGUGUUCGAUUGAUGCCCCUGCGCUACGACCUAAGAGACAGGAUUACGCGCUUAGGUGACAUACCAUACAAAAUAGAUGAUGAUGGAUUCCUGUGUCAACGAGGUUCGGAUGUAUUUGAGUACAAUUCAAAAGGACUUUUAACAAGAGCUUACAACAAAGCAAAUGGCUGGAACGUUCAGUACCGUUACGACGGACUUGGCCGAAGGGCUUCCUGUAAGACUAACCUAGGGCAUCAUCUACAAUACUUUUAUGCUGAUCUUCAUAAUCCAACAAGAGUAACACAUGUCUACAAUCAUUCCAAUUCAGAAAUUACCUCUUUGUAUUACGAUCUGCAAGGCCACCUCUUUGCAAUGGAGAGUAGCAGUGGGGAAGAAUAUUACGUCGCCUCCGAUAACACAGGCACUCCAUUAGCCGUAUUCAGCAUCAAUGGCCUCAUGAUCAAACAGCUUCAGUACACUGCAUAUGGGGAGAUUUAUUAUGACUCAAACCCCGAUUUCCAGCUGGUUAUUGGGUUCCAUGGAGGGCUGUAUGAUCCUUUAACCAAACUCGUCCAUUUUACCCAAAGGGACUACGAUGUCCUAGCUGGACGCUGGACAUCUCCUGAUUACACAAUGUGGAAAAACAUUGGUAGAGAACCUGCUCCUUUCAAUUUGUACAUGUUCAAGAGUAACAACCCUCUCAGCAAUGAGCUGGAUCUAAAGAAUUAUGUAACAGAUGUCAAAAGCUGGUUGGUGAUGUUCGGAUUUCAGCUUAGCAACAUUAUUCCUGGUUUCCCUAGAGCAAAAAUGUACUUUGUGUCACCGCCGUAUGAGUUGACUGAGAGUCAAGCGUGUGAAAAUGGACAGCUAAUUACAGGAGUCCAGCAGACAACAGAAAGACACAAUCAAGCUUUCAUGGCUCUUGAGGGACAGGUCAUAUCUAAAAAAUUACAUGCCAGUAUUAGAGAAAAAGCAGGCCACUGGUUUGCAACAAGCACUCCUAUUAUUGGGAAAGGAAUCAUGUUUGCUGUGAAGGAAGGCCGUGUAACCACUGGCAUUUCCAGCAUAGCCACAGACGAUAGCAGAAAAAUUGCCUCUGUCCUUAACAGUGCUCACUACCUGGAAAAAAUGCACUACAGCAUCGAGGGGAAGGAUACUCACUACUUUGUCAAGAUAGGCUCAGCCGAUAGCGACCUCGUCACCCUCGCGAUGACCAGCGGCAGGAAGGUCCUGGACAGCGGAGUAAACGUGACCGUCUCCCAGCCAACCCUCCUUAUCAAUGGAAGGACUCGACGGUUCACAAACAUCGAGUUCCAGUAUUCCACCCUGCUGAUCAACAUCCGCUACGGGCUCACCGCCGACACGCUGGAUGAGGAAAAGGCACGAGUGCUAGACCAGGCUCGGCAGCGAGCCCUGGGGUCGGCCUGGGCCAAAGAGCAGCAGAAGGCACGGGAUGGCCGCGAGGGCAGCCGCGUAUGGACAGACGGAGAGAAGCAACAGCUUCUGAACACGGGAAGGGUUCAAGGUUACGAGGGAUAUUAUGUCCUGCCUGUGGAGCAGUACCCAGAGCUAGCAGACAGUAGCAGCAACAUCCAGUUUUUAAGACAGAAUGAAAUGGGAAAGAGGUAACAAAUUAAACUGCUGUCAUCCUCUGAUGGAUGAAUCAGUAGUCAUAACUGUUAUCUCCUCUCCUAAGGAGAUGAAGACCUACAUGGGGGCACUAGGCUGAGCUACUUUGGGAUAGCAAGUGGCAAAAAAGCUCAUAUUUUUUGAGUUAAAUGCUACUGUUCAAGUGAUUAAAAACCACAUCCUGAAGUGGACUAAAGCCUGACUGAAAACUCUAACCAUACAAAUUUAAAAGUACCCCUGAAAUAUUACCCACUUGUUCUGGGUCUAAGGAAAAAUAAAAAGAAGGCCUCGUAUUGUAUUACCUCACUUCAUUCACACGUGAGCAAACUAAGAAAUCCAAGUGGGCCACUUUCACUAACCAGCUGAUGAAACACAAACGAUUCAGACUGCUUGUUUGAUAAAUAUCUAAGAGGUUUUCAUUUAAAGCAAAAUACAGGUGCAUUUAAAACAUGACUUUGGGGUGAUUUGUGUGUAGCAAUUGGAGGAAAAGGAGAAUGCAAGUGAGAGCACACUGGAAAUAGUAAAGGAAACUAUAUUUAAAAUAACAAAACCGCACUUGCACUCUGACCCUCCAUUUGUCUGGCCUGAAGCUUAACUUAUUCAAAGAGGGCAGAGUGUAAAGUUACAUUCAAAAUGGUGGCUAUAAAUCACUACAAAUAAAUUUCAUACUCUGUUUGUCUUUGAAGAUUUCCAUUGUGGACAGUAUAACACAGUUACAGGGUGUAGUCUGUUUAGAUUCAGUAGUUUGUUGGUAUCAGUUCCAGUAGAGCUGUGGGCAUUGUGUUACACUAUUGCAAAUGGGCACCACGUCAGAUCACCCUGUACAUACAUCAGCCAGAAGGCACAAUCACUGUUUCAGAUUUAAAAAUUAUUAGUGUGUUUGUUUGGUCGAGAAACUGAGACAAUCACAUUACAGUCACCACAAAAGAAAAAAAAAAAAAAAAAAAAA